AUACUCUACUUCCGCUUCCAGUCAAGCUUGGUCAAGCCCUUUACAUUCUCGGUUCCUUUCGUACCGCCAGCAUAAAACAUGGACAAUCGUUCUAUUUCAAAGAAGCGAAAGUUCGUUGGAGAUGGAGUCUUCAAAGCUGAAUUGAACGAGUUCCUGACUCGUGAACUUUCUGAAGAUGGGUAUUCAGGAGUAGAAGUACGUGUUACUCCACAUCGUACAGAGAUCAUUUUGCUGGCGACUCACACACAAAGUGUUCUCGGAGAGAAAGGCCGCAGGAUCCGAGAAUUGACCUCAGUCGUGCAAAAACGAUUCAAUUUUAAGGAAACACAAAAUAUCGAAUUAUAUGCCGAGAAGGUUGCAACCCGUGGCCUCUGUGCUAUUGCGCAAGCAGAAUCCUUACGCUUCAAGUUAAUUGGAGGGCUUGCUGUGCGAAGAGCUUGCUAUGGAGUUCUCCGAUUCAUAAUGGAAUCAGGAGCAAAAGGCUGUGAAGUAGUUGUCAGUGGAAAACUCCGUGGACAGAGAGCAAAAUCAAUGAAAUUCGUUGAUGGGUUAAUGAUCCACUCUGGAGAACCCACUAAUGAAUAUGUCAACACUGCGACCCGCCAUGUGCUUCUUAGACAAGGUGUACUUGGAAUCAAAGUGAAAAUUAUGCUCCCGUACGAUCCUCACGGUAAGACAGGUCCGAAGAAACCACUUCCAGAUUCUGUUUCAAUUGUUGAGCCGAAGGAUGAAAUAUUUCCUUCUCAGCCAACUUCUGAAGUGAAGGCAUCGAAAGACUUACCACAGCCGACACCACUCACAGUAUAAUUUUUAUUCAAAUUAAAAUAAAACUUUUAAAACAAACAUUA